GCAUUCUGCCCAGGGCUGACUGGGAAAGAAUCCAGUCUUUGUUAAACCAGCCCAAGACCAAAAUGUCCACCAGGCAAGAAAUGGUGGACAGGAAUGCUGAGCGUCAGUUCUCUAGAGUAGAGAACAAAAUCAUGAAAGCCAAAAGAGGAGGGAUCCAAGCAGCAAUUCAGCUUGAGAGGCAGACAGAGAAGGAAUACUUUGAUGAGAUCGCUGCAGAGGAGACUGACUUUAAGAAACAGAAAGUGCAGGAAGCUCUUGCAGACGCUAGGACGAAGAGGCUUCACCAGGAUGGCUCCGUCAGAACAUUUAACAGUGCCAUCUUAAGGACACAGAUGCAGACAGAGAAUGAGCUACUCAUAGGAUUAAAAAAAGAAAAACAAAGAUGUGCUGAGGAACGAGAAAGACAGUAUGUCAUAAAGAUGAGGCGUAGAGAGGAGGAAGUUCUGAUUCAAGAGCAGAAGAAAGCUUCUCAGAAACAGACUAACAUCCAUUCUGUGACAAACUAUCGCAGUGAGCAAAUCAAGAAGAAGCAACAGCUGAGAGAAGAAGAGAGACAGAAGGAGAAGGAAGAGAGAGAUCAACUCCGGGCCCUUGCUGCCUUGCAUGAACAGGAGCUAAGACAUGAGCAAGAGAAAAAAGUGGAGUCAAAGAAAAGACUUUUACAGCUUCGACAAAGGGAGAUCUCCAGUAAAAUCCUUGACGGAGCGAAGGAGGCACGGAAGGGGAGGAGGACAAAAGACAACGUGUUCAGGUUGACAUGGAAGAAAGCUGCAGCAAAGAAAAAUGGACCAAGCUGA